GGCGGGCCGGCAGGCAGACAGGCGAGAGGACCGGCACGGCCGGGGACGGCAGAAGGAGGGAACCACGCGCUGGGGAUGUGACCCCGCGGCCAGAAAGGAGUCGCGCGAGCCCACCCAGCGGAGCCCGGCAUCCGCAGGUCCUGCCCCUGGACCCCGGCCCUCGACUCAGCCUGACCAUGGCGCUGUGCCUGAAGCAGGUGUUCGCCAAGGACAAGACGUUCAGGCCGCGGAAGCGCUUCGAGCCCGGCACACAGCGCUUUGAGCUGUACAAGAAGGCGCAGGCGUCGCUCAAGUCGGGCCUGGACCUGCGCAGCGUGGUGAGGCUGCCGCCGGGCGAGAACAUCGACGACUGGAUCGCCGUGCACGUGGUGGACUUCUUCAACCGCAUCAACCUCAUCUACGGCACCAUGGCCGAGCGCUGCAGCGAGACCAGCUGUCCGGUCAUGGCCGGCGGGCCCCGCUACGAGUACCGCUGGCAGGACGAGCGCCAGUACCGGCGGCCGGCCAAGCUCUCGGCGCCGCGCUACAUGGCGCUGCUCAUGGACUGGAUUGAGGGCCUCAUCAACGACGAGGAUGUCUUUCCCACGCGCGUGGGAGUUCCCUUCCCCAAGAACUUCCAGCAGGUCUGCACCAAGAUCCUGACCCGCCUCUUCCGCGUCUUUGUGCACGUCUACAUCCACCACUUCGACAGCAUCCUCAGCAUGGGGGCCGAGGCGCACGUCAACACCUGCUACAAGCACUUCUACUACUUCAUCCGCGAGUUCAGCCUGGUGGACCAGCGGGAGCUGGAGCCACUGAGGGAAAUGACAGAGCGGAUCUGUCACUGACCCCAGAGCUGGACCUUGUUGCCUGUCAGAUGGACCAUCUGAACACAGAGUGGCCAGGGAGGGGACCCUCAGAAGUCUGGUGGCAGGGGAACCGGAAGGCCCUAGGGCC